UCCGGACACGUGGUGCAAAGUGGGUGUGUCCAUUGCGCUGAUGUAAACACAAAAUACGCCUCACAGCUCGACGGAUAAUCGUGGUGGACUGAGCUGCUGAGGUUAACCCAGAAAGAGUCGUCGGCGGUGCGGAAAACCCUCCGUGUGCGUCGCGUCUAAUAUGCUCUAAAGCACCGAGGGAGGCGCCAUGGAUUUCUACAUCAACCUGAAGGUGAAUUUCAGGGGAAAUUCCAAGAAUUUCCUGCUGUCGGGAUCCGAGACCAAGAGCUGGGAGUCGAUGGAGGCCAUGGUCAAGCGCUCCUUUGGCCUGUGCAGCCUGCAGCUGACCUACUUUGAUGAGGAGAACGAGGAGGUGUCCAUUAACAGCCAAGCUGAGUAUGAGGAGGCUCUGAAGAGUGCAAUGAGGCAGGGGAACCGUCUGCACAUGAAUGUGUACGAGACUCGAGGCCAGCCAACGAGGGUUGCCACCACCAAGGCCGGCGGAGCAGAGCCCAAGAGGGGAUUCAGACCGCCACAGCACUGCCCUUCGCUUGCUCAGGUGGUCAGUCGCAAGGUCCAGGCUGCAGUGCCAGAACAGGGCAUGGUGAUCAUGAAAGAAGUAAAAGGGACCAAAGAAGAAGACAAGACCCCCCCAGCCUGGUUCACCUCCUACAUGGAGAAGUUUAAGGACCAGGUAGUUCGUGAAGCAGUGGAAAAGAUCUGUCGGGAGUUUUCAGGACAGUGCUGCAUCCACAAACCCCUGGGAGGGGGAGGAGGAGCAGCAGGAGGAGCAGGUGGAGCUGGUGGAGGUAGAGUGGAAGCCGUAGGAGGAGCAGAGACCCAGCAGGUCCCCGAGGUGUCCUCUUCCACUCUGCCUGGAGCUCCGUCCUCCUCAACUCCUCCCUGCUCGUCCUGUAGGGGGCAGACUACUGGAGGAGGCUAUCAGUGCAGCGUGUGCACCUCUUGUACUCUGUGCGAGCCCUGCAGCUUCUCUCACGAUCCCAGUCACAAUCUGGUGAGAGCCAGGACUCCCCUGUCCAUCCCGGAGCACGGAUCACCGGCCCCAGACCACAGCAGGUUCUACAGGCGGGGGGAUCGCAGUUUCCGAAAGGCAGAGAAGCAGCGGCUGAAAGCAGAGAAACGCCUGCUGAAAGCUGAGGUGAAAGAAAUCCGGAAGCAGCUGAGGAUGGAGAGGCGGGGCAUACAGUGGAGCUCGUCCCAUCGAGACGGAAGCUCCUCCCCCGUCCUCCUGCAGCCUCGAGCCACACAGCACAACAGCCCAGAGCGUCCAAAGCGCCCCUGUCCCCUGGUGGUUCCUGCCAUGACGGCAGCGUUUUUGGAUGAAAACCUUCCUGACGGAACGCGCCUGCGUCCUGGGACCAAGUUUAUCAAGUACUGGAAGAUGAGGAACACUGGGACUCUCAGCUGGAGUGCUGACACUAAGCUGAAGUUUAUGUGGGGAAACCUGGCAGUGGGAUCUGGAGACCGCUGGAGAGAAGUGUCAGUUCCCUUCCUGCAGCCAGGACAGGUGGGCAUAGUGAGCGUAGCGCUGUGUGCUCCCACUGUGGAGGGCUCCUACACAUCUCACUGGCGUCUGGCCCACGCUGGGGAGCAGUUUGGACCGAGAGUGUGGUGCAGCAUCGUGGUCGACCCUCUGGCUCCAGCGCCCAUGAUGGCUGAUGGGAUCCUGGUUUCACCCUGUGUCACACCGCAGGGCAAGAACCCAGUAGCCAAGGAUGGGAAAGCAUGUGCAGCUUCCAGGGAACAGCCGUUAUUGUCGGUGGACCAAGAAGAGUACUACAUCCCGUCUGUAGACCUGCUCACUGCACAGGAUCUUCUGUCUUUUGAGCUGUUGGAUAUCAACAUCGUCCAAGAGUUGGAGAGCGCCCCCACCAACACGCCUGCUGACAUGACACCCUGCAUGUCCCCUCUGUCUCAAGAUGGCCCUCUGCUGGACAAGGGCAGCCCCUCCUUGGGUCUGAUUCAGGAAGAGACUGAAGUCAUCAAUAGCAUCAUGGAUGUCCCCCAUGGGGUAGGACCUGGAGCUGAAGGGGGCGGAGUCCCAGCUCAGGAGGAAGGGGAGGAUGACAUCAGUGGUACUCAGUUUGUUUGUGAGACUGUGAUUCGCUCGAUGACCCUGGAGGAGGCCCCUGAUCACAUACCUCUGAGAGGAUCCUGCCCAGGAACAGGAAAAGUGGUACGUCCAGCUGCUCAUGGCGGCUCCUCCUCGCUGUCCUGUGUGAGUAAAACGGUGAAAAUGGAGGAGAGUCCCGACAACUGCUCUAGCAACUCCAAGACUCCCAUCAAACCCCUCACUGGUCUCAAGGCGCCCAUCCCUUCCCCACUGAAAGCCUCCCUGCCCACUCCAACGUCUGUGACCCUGAACGUGCCGCCUGGCCCGAGCUCAGCACCGGGCCCGCUCCACGCUUCAGCCGGGACCGCCACGCUGCCAGAACACACCGCCACAGGUGAAGCUGAAGAAUCGCACAUGGAGAGCAUCUGUGUGGAGUCCAGAGUGAGGGAGAAGCAAGAAGAGGAGGAGAAGAGAGGUGUAAUGAGGAGUCGCUCCUCCUCCACAUCCUCUGAGGAUUACAUCAUCAUCCUGCCCGAUUGCUUUGACACCAGUCGGCCCCUGGGAGAGUCCAUGUACAGCUCUGCUCUGUCCCAGCCUGGAGACGUCCAAGCCAAGACCGCCACAGACCCAGAUACCCCUUCAGCUGAGCGUCGGGACAGUGCCGCAAGAGAGAGGGAGGCGGACGAGGUGGAUGAAGCGGCUCCAGGAAUGGAGCUGUCAGGAGCCAGCAGUGCCAACGAUAUGCUGUGUACAUCCCAGACGCUGGACGAUGAGCCGCUGACUCCUGAAGUUGUGACACCGCCUAAAGCCGUCGUCACAUCACACCCAGAGAGCAGCGCAGAGAGAGAGGAGGAGGAUGCCGGCACUGAGGAAGGAGCGCAGGGCUCAGAACUGUACCAGACUGGGGACGAAGCAGCUCCUGAGCAUGCUCAGACGGAUACUGAAGCUACUGACACAGAGAAGAGCGACCCUGGGGACCCCAGGCAACAAGGCCUCACCGGCGGCCUGGUGAAAGGAGCUCUGUCAGUAGCUGCCUCUGCCUACAAAGCCCUGUUCACCGGACAAGGCCCCACACAGCCUCCAGUGGAUGCAUCCACCCAGGACACCAUGAUGGCCGUGCUGGUGGAGAUGGGCUUUGCAGACCGCCCACUGAACCAGCGUCUGCUAAAGAAACACAACUACAGCCUGCUGGACGUGGUCAAUGAGCUCGUUCAGAUGACCGACAAUGACUGGUACUCUACACGCUACUGAUGACGAGAAGGCCAAACUCUUCCUCCUUCUUUUCAGCUCUCCACUAAUUUGCCCUUUUGGACCGAGGACUAUACUAUGACCUUGUAAGGGACAUUCCAGCCGACCCUGGAUCCUCCAGCGGACCAUCACCCACCCACUGUCUGUAGUUUUAGUACUUUCAGCGUAGCUCUUGAUAGUCGCAGGUUUUCUUUGCAUAUCUGUCUAAGAAAGGUGAAAACAGGCAUUCUAGGUCUUCAAAUGUGCAUCACAUGCUAACAUCAUGGAGUUUAACUAAGUGUGAAGCGUAAAAGCAUUCGCUUCCAUCAAACCUGAGCUAAAGUUGUGUUGGCUGCAGAAACUCCACAGUUGCUUUACCUGUUCCUGUUGGUUGCAGGUAUCCCAAAAAGCUACAAACGGCACCCUCACGCUUUUCCUUUGCUCAAGUCCACAGCAGCAGACUCUCAGAGGUCGCCUACCGAACCCCCUCGCUCAGAACAUCUUUGGGCAAAAAGAAAAUGCAGCUUCGUGCUGAUGGUUCUGCUGAGGCAUCAAGUCAUCUCAUCUCCUCAGAGUCUUGUUCGCCUCGUCGAGUUGGCUCCAUCACACCAGCUGGUGAUGCAUGUUUCUGCGUGUUGUGGUGAAAACUGUAACAACCAGCUUGACUGGUAGUGAGCUAAUGCUGUUUGUGUCACAAAGCUAUUUGUUUGCAGAUUUCCUUUCAUUAGAAAUCACUGACCUGUGUCCCAGAGCCACGCUCACACAGCUCGUCUGCACAGUGUCAGCUUCAGGUUUGCUUCUUUCUCUGUUUUAUUUGACCAGCCAUUCCAACAGCUACUGAUAACUUUAUUACUGGGCUGUAAAUAGUCAAACUGACUGUAGGUAACCAGAACUGGUCAGGUGAUGUAGUGUGUGUGAGGCUUUACUGUUUAAGAAAUCUGAUCCUUUGGUGUUUUCAGAGCUCCGGCUGGAGGAGCAGGACUGCUCCGACACAUUCAUGUUGAUGUGACUUGUGAUGAUGAAUGCAAUGAAGUACUUUGAUGUUUAAAUUGCUGUGCUAUUCAAAACACACAUUCCUCCUUUUUUUGUCUUUUUUUGAGUCAGUUUCCCAGAACUCACAUAUGUGCUCAGAGCAGAUCAUCCACAACAAACCACUGAAAUCUGAGUAACGCUCCUUCAUGGUGGGAAAGGCGAGUGUGUGAUGAGCUUUUUGCAGCGUGCCGUUUUGGUUGCACAUUACCUUUGUCCUGUAACUUUAGUCCAUCAUUGAAACUAAAGGGAUUUUCUCAUAUACAUUUAAUACAACAUGUAUGCAUAACCUGUAAAAAAACAAUUCCACUCAGUGUAGCUGAAACUUUGAGUCAGACUGUUAGCUCGUCGUGAGUCCGUGGUGGUGAGGAGACUACACUGUCCCACUGCAUGAUGGUUAACUAGCUAAUGAACCAGGUUUGUCUAUGAGAAGCACAGUUUACCCAGAACUGCUGUGGAAACACCACGUUCCUCUGAAUAGAGCUAUCGUAGCUAAACUUAAUGAGCAGCAGCGUAAAUUCUUCCUUUCCUGUCACACAAAGCUGUCUCCACAUUCCCUCUCUGUGCUUGUCAUGUUUCCCCACUCACCCACCUGACCAUGCUUCAUUGUUUCUACUGUUUUGAUGGGAGAGUGCAGUCCUGCUGGGGUCGGCUUUGUGGCUUUAGAUGAAGUUCAUUAUCAGCUUGGCUGCUUUGUUGAGUUCAGAUGUUUGCUGGGCACAGUGCUUUCAGUUCUCCCAUCAGAUGAAUGAUUUAAGAGUGGAUUUGCACCUGUUCACUCUCACUCAGAGCUUACAUUGUUCUUGGAGAAGAUGUGACAUGCUUGCCUGUUUGGUUUGUGGAGAGGCGCUCAUUAGGAUCAGCUGAGGGGCCCAGGUGAUGGUUGGAAAUGGAUUUUCCUCCAUCACUAGAGAAAGUUCAACAGAGGUAUGCGGUCCAUGAGUGGCUCGUUGCUGAUACUGCAGGCUAACGUAAUGCAAAUAUUAUUCUCUGCUGAACGCUGUGAAUCCCAGACACACGUGGCUACUCCGUAAGUUGACUUUGAUGGGGCUUUGUCAGGUGUGCACAGUAAGGUCAUUGCUCUUGUCUGCUCUUUCCUUUUGCUCCUAGCUGGACCCUGAGCUGACCUCAUUAGUUAAAGGUGUGGGCUCAGUUAGUUUAAGUUCUGCUUUGACUGCUUGAAGGCUGUUUGGAAGUUUGACGCCGUGUCUUUAGGCAUGCUAGUUAAAGCUGUUCUGCAGUUUUAGUCUCAUUCUUUGUAAUAAAGGACGUUGUUUUGUUGGUGUGGGUGUGAAGGGAAAACCCUUUCAUAAAAGAUUGGGAUACACUGCGUGCUACUACACUUUAUGCCGUUACACAUCCACGUGACCUCACGCCACGUCACAUGGUACCCUGUCUGUGUCGGUUUGCACUGGUGUUUGGUUCAUGGGAAGGAUAUGCAACAUGCGUCUGUGCGGUCCAACAGGAAAGCAACCGUGUGGGUGGAGCCUGAGGGAGACGUGCAGGUCACAUGCUGGGCGGUGGAAACGAUUUAAAGAACAGCAUGAGCUCUGUGUUUGUUAUAACUUCUGUCCUUUCUGCAGCUGCCUGAAGGACCAGCCACAGGUCCAGCCAGUAUAGCCCCCACACUGGGCCGCACGUUUUUGACCCCGCCCCCUGGUGACAGUAGCCAUGAACUUAAAGAUGACAUCUCUGCUACAUUAUCACAAAUCUUCACAGAUAAACAGUCUGAUAGGAAACAAUAUUGUCCAAUAACCUUAAAGGAACUUCCAGGUAAAGACAGACGAGUCAGCUGUGUUAUGGAGGUCCUUGUAUGGGCGACUGAAUCAUCAGAAGGCCAGAGAAGUGCAUUUUGAGCUGUUAGCUUUCCCACAGUGGAGAAAAGCUUUUUGAAGGCUGCAGAUUUCUGCACAGAGAUCAGUGCUGUCCUGUAGGGUGAUGGGAUCUGCCAAACACAGCUCCACCUCACACGGAUGCUUUGAUUUUUAAAAAGCAAGUGGCAUUCAUCAGUGACACAUUAUUUCUUUAUAUUAGCAUUUCAUAAAUCAUGCUGUUGGGUUUCACCAUCUUGGAUAGGUAAUUAAUUUGGAAGGUAAGAAUAAAAGUGUCCUGAAACAGGUUCAGUGUGGACUGUCUCAAAUGAAGGCCACAUGUGUGCUGUGUGUCAUCAUGUGUGCCAGAAGCUCCGGUUGGAUGAAACAUGUUGAAAUUAGGGAACAUGUAUUUAUGGAGGAAGAAAAACGGGGGAUGGCUUGAGCUUUUUUCUGUGUUGCACUUUAUGAAUAUUGUAUGAUGUACAAAUCAAUAUGUCUCUGAUUAAAUACGUUACACCCAC